GAUCCACGGCAUCAUCAAUUCGCUGGACGUACCACGACUCAUUGCGCCCAAUCUCACCCGUUGCCCCAUCGCCAAGCCUUCCUCGGCGUUAUCGCCGUCGCCGUCGCUCCCGCCGGCGUCGGCCGCUGGGAGGAGAUGGCGUCGUCGCUGGACGCGCCCAACCUUGACGAUUACCUCACCGCGGACUCGCUCCCGCAGGAACCUCCCAGGAGUCUCACCCUGCGCGAUCUGCUGGACAUCUCGCCGGUGCUCACCGAGGCGGCGGGCGCCAUCGUCGAUGAUUCGUUCACACGUUGCUUUAAGUCAAAUUCUCCGGAGCCAUGGAACUGGAACAUCUAUUUGUUCCCAUUAUGGUGCUUGGGAGUAGUCAUAAGAUAUGGACUACUGUUUCCGCUAAGGUUCUUAACACUUAUACUAGGAUGGAUGGCCUUCUUUACUGCCUUUUUUCCCGUGCGUUUCCUAAUGAACGGGAAAAAUAGGCUAAAAAGUAAAAUAGAGAGAAAGCUGGUUGAAAUGAUGUGCAGUGUUUUUGUUGCUUCUUGGACGGGAGUGAUCAAGUACCAUGGACCACGCCCAAGCUCACGACCUUAUCAGGUAUUUGUUGCAAACCAUACAUCGAUGAUAGAUUUUAUUAUUCUGGAGCAGAUGACAGCAUUUGCUGUCAUCAUGCAAAAGCAUCCUGGAUGGGUUGGAUUUAUUCAGAAGACUAUUCUGGAAAGUGUGGGUUGCAUCUGGUUUAACCGUAAUGAUCUCAAGGAUCGUGAAGUAGUUGGAAGAAAGUUACGUGAUCAUGUUCAGCAUCCAGACAACAAUCCUCUCUUGAUUUUCCCAGAAGGAACUUGUGUUAAUAAUCAGUACACUGUGAUGUUCAAGAAGGGUGCUUUUGAGCUUGGCUGUGCUGUAUGUCCAAUAGCUAUCAAAUAUAAUAAAAUAUUUGUUGACGCCUUCUGGAAUAGUAAGAAGCAAUCUUUUACAAUGCAUUUGGUUCGUCUUAUGACAUCAUGGGCUGUUGUUUGUGAUGUUUGGUUCUUGGAACCUCAGUAUCUCAGGGAAGGGGAGACAGCGAUAGAAUUUACUGAAAGAGUGAGGGACAUGAUAGCUGCUCGGGCUGGUCUUAAGAAGGUUCCAUGGGAUGGCUAUCUGAAACAUAACCGCCCUAGCCCCAAACAUACCGAGGAAAAGCAGCGCAUGUUUGCUGAAUCUGUGUUGAGGAGACUAGAGGAAAACUAAAUAGCUAUCAAUCAACUCACGGUCUCCUGGUUAGUUGAGGGAUUUCCCCUUAGUUGCCUUGUAAUCUGUUAAUCACCCAAGUGAGACCUGGGGCAUGUGGAAAUGACCACCGCAGUUUUGCUGUAAAUUUGUUUGCAGUUUGACAGAAUCAGUAGCAUGUGCUUGGCAAGAAAGAACUAUUGAAUCAACCUUGCUAUACAUACGACACUAGUCCGAUUUUUGUACGACGCACUAGAUCAAGCCGUUGAUGCGCUGAACAAAACUGCAGUUGAGCAUCAGAUUUUGCGUGGUACACAAAUUGGACCAUGGAGCAUUGUACGCAUAGUGGUUUCGCUAUUGAAUGGAUGCGUGCCUAUAGAUCUUUUAAUAUCUUAUAUGAUUGGUUAGUGUUAACACGUAA